AUGUAUGGGCUUAAAGAAAAAGUUCCUCAGUUUUCACAGAAAAAUUAUAAUACGAACAAUCCUCGGAUGUUUGUUAUUUUCUAUAUUAUCAAAAAUAAGUUUCAUAAUGGGGUCAAGACCUUAUUGAUUAUUUGCUUCGAUGGGCACGUCUACUCGUUAAAACUUCUACGCAGUUCAGUAUUUGUUUCAUUCACCCUGGCUUCAGCUACAGAAUUACCUGCUGGUUUGCUUGUUACACUCAUUCUUGAUCGAUGGGGCCGUAGAUUUUGUGGAUUCCUCACUCUCGGUGCUAUUAGUGCUUGUAGCUUCGCUGAACUCUAUUUGCCAUCAAUAUUAUUUCUACCGGAAACAGCCGGGCGAGAGCUUCCUCAAACGUUACAACAAGGAGAAGAUUUCAGUAAAGGUGACCACUUUUGGUCUUUUCCUUGCUGCAAUAAAAUAGACGUUGAUCGGCAUCGAAAUGGAAACAACAAUUGUACUAUAGAACGAUAA